CUAAAGGCAUUUUGCCUUCUGUUACGUCUUCUUUAUGGCUUUAUGCUGGAUUUUUCUUUGCUUCUUCAGUCUUUGUUGUUAUUUUCAUUUGAUAACAAGCCAACCUUUUGAUUACCCAACUGCAGAUCUUUCUACAACUUGGGUUAACAGCUUUUCUGCACCCCAUUCAGUGAAUUUCACCGAUGGUUCAAUAGUAAGAGCUAUACUACUCAGAGGAACCCUUGGUCCGAAAUAUGCUUGUGGUUUCUACUGUAAUGGGAAUUGUGAGAGUUACCUCUUUGCCAUAUUCAUUGUGCAAACCAAUAGUGUUUCCUUUAUUACUUCUCCCAAUAUUGGGUUCCCACAAGUGGUUUGGUCUGCUAACAGGAAUAGUCCAGUUAGGAUCAAUUCUACAUUGCAGCUUACAGCACAAGGAGACUUAGUGCUUAGAGAUGCUGAUGGUACUUUGGCUUGGUCAACAAACAGUGUUGGAAAAUCUGUUGCUGGCUUAAACUUGACUGAUGAGGGAAACCUUGUUCUGUUUGAUGCCAAAAAUGCAACUGUUUGGCAAUCUUUUGAUCACCCGACUGAUUCUUUGGUUCCAGGACAGAAGUUAGUAUCAGGUCAGAAGCUAAUAGCAAGUGUUUCAACAACAAACUGGACUAAAGGAGGUUGGUUUUCUUUCUCUGCUACCGACGAUGGUUUCACUGCUCUCGUCGAGUCAAAUCCUCCCCAAAUAUACUUUACAAGGUCUGUCGGUGACUUCAAUACGAGUAGAGGUUCCAUGUAUGUUAUGUAUUUGAAUGGAAGCUUAGCUUUAUUCUCAAAUUCUAGUGAUCCCAACUAUCCACGGACACUGGUGUUGUUUUAUUGUCUUAUUUAUUAUUUGGUGGUUGUUAUAAAUAAAAGG